AGCAUAGUUUGCAGUGUUCACGGCGCUCAAAAAACCUUUCUUGUUCCCAAUCCGAAGAACUCAAAGCAAAAUGAAGCUCGCCGGGAUCAAAUCGGUGGAAAACGCCCACGACGAGUCAAUUUGGGCGGCGACAUGGAUACCGGCGACGGAAACUCGGUCUUCUCUACUCCUAACUGGAUCGCUGGACGAGACGGUGAAGCUUUGGAGACCCGACGAGCUCGAACGUGUUUCUACCAGCACCGGUCACUGUCUUGGCGUCGUUUCAGUCGCCGCUCAUCCUUCUGGUGUCCUUGCAGCUUCUGCCUCUUUGGAUAGCUUUAUUCGUGUUUUCGAUGUUGACCAGAAAAAUACCAUUGCAACUCUCGAGGCUCCGCCAUCUGAAGUCUGGCAAAUGCAAUUUCAUCCUAAGGGAACAAUUUUAGCAGUUGCUGGAGGAGGAAGUGCAACAGUAAAGCUUUGGGACACAGCAGAAUGGAAACUAAUAAGUUCUCUAACUGUCCCACCUCGAAAUGGAUCUGAAACAGACAAGAGUGGUUCAAAAAGAUUCAUCCUCUCAGUGGCCUGGAGCCCAGAUGGCAAAAGACUGGCUUGCGGUUCAAUGGACGGUUCAAUAUCUAUAUUCGACGUAAUUCGUGCGAAAUUCCUUCAUCAUCUCGAAGGCCACUUCAUGCCCGUUCGAUCUCUGGUGUUUUCUCCUGUUGAUCCGAGAGUUCUCUUUUCAGCCUCCGAUGAUUGUCAUGUUCAUAUGCACGAUGCGGAUGGGAAGAGUAUGAUAGCUGCUAUGUCGGGUCAUGCGAGUUGGGUUUUGAGUGUGGAUGCGAGUCCAGAUGGGUUGGCUAUUGUGACCGGUUCUAGCGAUAGGACAGUUAGGUUGUGGGAUCUUAAUAUGAGGAGUGCGAUUCAGACACUUUCGAAUCAUUCGGAUCAGGUUUGGGCGGUUGCAUUUAGACCUAUGGAGGGUGGUGUUCGGGGAGGGGGAAGAGUGGCUAGCGUUUCUGAUGAUAAGAGUAUUUCGCUUUAUGAUUAUUCUUGAAAUAUGGAGGCAUUUACAAAUUUUUCUUUUUGGUUUGUGGGAUUGAAGAAUUGUAUUUUGUUGUUUGUUCAAACUAGAAAAAAAUUGUGUACCAUUCAAUAUUUGAAUCUUUUGACAGUUUUUAUCAAAAGAUUUUCUCACCAAAAAAAGACAAUAUUGGUAAGAUUGAGAUGUGUCCAUCUUUUGUUUUUUAA